UAGAAACAAGGAAUUGAAAAACUUGGACAAAAUUAUUGCUGUCGAUCAAUGAUUACUGCCCCUUUUAUAGCAUAACAUAUAAAACAGCACAGCUGCUUAUUACUCCAGAUGGAGUAGAUCCAUAGAUGCUGAUGAUCCGAAAUUGAAAUCCAGAGCAGGGGAGAGAGAAGUUCCGAGCUCAUCUUACUGUUACCUUUCCGCUCAAUUUCUCUCUCCAUGAAUGCUGUGCAUACUUCUUUGGAUUCGUAUCCCGUAUAUUCGGCUUAAUUUCCGGCUUUCUGUUUCUGGAGUAAAUUCGUUCGCUUCAGGAGAAAUUAACUGCAGAAUCGAGUUGCCGGGGGUGAGGUGCGAAGAUGAGCAACAAAAAAGAAGAAGAGCGGAACGAGAAGAUCAUCCGCGGGCUCAUGAAACUCCCUCCCAAUCGCCGAUGCUUUAACUGCGACAGCUUGGGACCCCAGUAUGUCUGUACAAACUUCUGGACUUUUGUUUGUGUGACUUGCAGUGGAAUACAUCGCGAGUUUACUCAUCGUGUCAAGUCUGUAUCAAUGGCAAAGUUUACUUCGCAAGAAGUCGAAGCUCUUCAAAAGGGUGGUAAUCAGCGAGCGAGGGAGACGUAUCUAAAAAGUUGGGAUCUCCAAAGGCAAAGGUUACCUGCUAACAGUAACGUUGAAAAAGUCCGAGAAUUUAUAAAGGCUGUUUUUGUGGAUAAAAGAUAUGAUGGGGGACAGUCGUUGGAUAGACCGCCAAGGGAUACACAAAAUCUUAGAGGCCAUGAAGAUGAGUCGAGACGGGCAAGUUCCUAUCAUUCUUAUUCUCAAAGUCCGCCAUAUGAUUUCCAGUAUGAGGAACGGAUUUAUGGAAAGCACGGGCCUACUCUUACAAGAAAACCUGGUUCAGAUAGAGGGAUUUAUGAUGGAAAAGUUUCUAGUUUCUCAAGUCCUAGUCAUCUGAGUGACCAUAUGCAUGAGGACAGGUUUGCAAAUGAGGGUUCUAAUACUAGAACUUCAGAUUUCUCUGUUUCUAGUGGAGGCGAUCCGUUUAGAUCUGAGGUGCAGUCUCCUAACUACCAAAAAGAUACAGGGUUUCCUGGCCGUACACAGAGAACUGCAUCAUCAGGAAGCUUUGGAUCAUUUGACAACUCUGUUUCUUUCAAUUCAGUAAGCUCUUCUGAUUUAAUUGAUGCUGGUUCAGAGCCUGAACAUUCAGCCAAAACCCACCACAAUAAAUUGUCAGCUUUACCUUCUUUGCCACACUUACCGGUGGACAUACGUAAUGCACCUGGAACUUCACAAACUAUUCCUUCAGUCUCAAACGUUGCUCAUUUGACAGAGUCAUCUUCAACUUCUUCAGUUGAUUUGUUUCAGCAGCUCUCUGCAUCAACCAAUCCAAGUCUUGAUUCACAUCAAGUGUCACACAUUCCUGCAUCAGGUUUUGAUUUAUUCUCAUCAGAGGUUCCUAAUCAGAAAUCAGCUGCACCAUCUGGCAACACCUUGAAAAAUGAGGGAUGGGCGACAUUUGACACGCCUCAGCACAAUGCACCUGUGGGAAAUGAGAAGUUUACACCAGCUUUUGCAGCACCUUUACCUGACCCGUUAAAACUUUUCUCUGGGAUGCCACAUCAGCAGUCAGAUGCAGUAUACAACAAAAGUCCAUCAAAUGUUGUUACCCACAUGGAUGGUGGCUGGGCAGCGUUUGACAUGCCAAAUCACACAGCACAAAUUGGCUCUGGCUCUUUAGAAAAUUAUAGCCAUCAUUCAUCUCCCUUGAGUGGACUAUUCUUUCCGCAUCCCGACGUCCGAGGACAUCCAUCAAUGCCUGCCCCAUUACAUGGAGGCAUCCAAAAUAAUGAAGCGACCCUACAUGGAAGCUCUGAGCCAUGGAAAGCAUUUGGGAGUUCCAGUGAUUUCUUAGCAUUACCAAGGGAUCAAAUUAGUACUCAAGAGGUUUUAACCAGCCAUCUUCCUAUUACUGAUCAGUAUCUGGGGUUAAAAGGAUCAGAGAACUUUGCUGAUCAUGGAAUUUUAAGAACAGAAGUGGAAGUUGGCAACAAAACCAUAUCAUCAUAUGGCGGAUUACAUGAACUUGCAAACAGCAAAUCUACCAAUCCAUUUGAUCUCCCCUAUGAACCUCACAUGCAAAUCAACAGUACGCCCGAUUUCUGGGACAUGAGCUCCUUACAAGCUGGAUUGCCAAAUGGAAAGAUGCCUACGUCCUUUGUUGGUGGCGAUGUAAGAGCGUCUUGGUUUUCACAGAAUUCAGUUGCAUCUUACGUUUCAGCUUCGGGAGAAGAUACCUCGGGAUUCAUUUCAGCACAACCUACAGGCAGCCAACCGAAUGAUUUGCCAACACAAGGGCCUAUUGCUCCUAUUGGCGGAAACCCCUUCGCAUGAAGAUGUACACACACACACACACUUUCUGCUCAUUAUCAUUUGCAUUUUGUUUAUUUAUUUGUUAUAUAUUGGUAUUAAUGAAUUGGGUUAGGCCGCUGUUUUCCCAAACUAGUAUUGUAUUUAAAAAGAUGGGGAUGAUUUUGAGUUGUAUUUGCUUGUGAAAACAGAAUCUGCCUAGAUUUUUUUAAUCCCCCUAUAGUCUGUUGUUAGUGUUAUAGUGUUAUCUCAACUUAAUUCUUGUAAAAGUACGAUUUGUAGUCAUUGACCAUUUAGAAAUUAGAAGUUACAAGGUACAGUUUUUUAAUUAAUGCAUACCUG